AGCUAGUUUUUUAGAGUCCGCAAAAAACUGAAGAGUUUUUUAGCUGGUAUUUUAGACUCGACAAAAAACUGAAAAGGGUUUUUUAUUUUUGAUAAAAAAUCGCCGAUAUUUCAUUUUGCAUCUGUCACGAACGCUUUUUAGUUUUUUGGAUAUAAAAAAACGGAAAAGUGUUUUUUAAAAGGUUUAUUGGUCUCAAUAAACCCUUUUUGAUAGUUUAUUAAUCUACUACUAUUUUUUACAGUGUAACUACUAAAGCGUUUAGCUGGAUGAAUUUUGACGAUUUCUACACGUUGAAACCCGUUUUUAUUCGUUGAAAAUCCAUUAAAAUGACAAAAAAAUAAAAUUCAACAUCGAAUUAAUUUCUGAUACGUGUCUGUAUGCAUAGAUAUGUAUACAAACGACUAUACAACUUAGCAGAGUGAGAAAGUAGAGAAAGAAAACAACUUGUACUUACGUGACUUCGGUGUGAUUUGAACGUGGGUGCAUAGAAUUAAGAAACAAACACAUAACAAUCUAAGCUAAGAGACCAUCGAAACAUAUACCGUAACAAUGCCAUGUAUUCGAUUAUUUUAGUCAGACAAAGGACCGUGUUUAUUCUGAGACUCUGAAUUUCAUUUACAGAGUAAACAAAUCUUUUCGCACAGAAUAAGUAUUUCCGCAGACAAUUAUCUUGUUUCUUAUAUCUUACUAUGUGUUUGACAGGAAUUAAACAGUCUGUUUAUUAGGUCGAUAUUUGUGCUCCUCAUCCAUCUGUUUAACGGUGAAGUCUGAUAUUGAGUUGCCUUUUAUUAAGAAAGUCGCCAGAUGUAGGUGACUUUUCGAGACAGGAUGUUUCUUCUCUCUGUCAUUCGUCUAACUGUUGAACGUGAAUAAAUCGGCUGAUACGGGUCCCACUGUUAUUUUCUUUUUUCUUUCUGUUUCUGUUAUUCUAUCUCAAAACAAGAUUAUAAAGUCAAAUGGCUUUUUUGCUUCAUCUUUUAUAGUGAAACAAUGCUAGCUCAGUUAUAAGUUUAUUUAUAGAUAGAUUAUUGAAUAAAUUAAAUUAGUUGAUGUAUUAUGAGAAUUAGAUCUUCCCUUUUGUAUCCGUUGACUCAAACUUACUUUUUAAAAAUUUUUCUAAUUAUAAAAAAAAUGCAAAGAUACAUUUUAGUCUUCUAUUUUAGAUUUUACAGCAUUGGAUCGAAGGGCCUUAUCUAUUUAAGGAAGAUGACCACGUCUGAGAGGAAAUUUUCCACUGAAUCGAGUCGUAGAUCAGAGUAAAAUUUAGAGUUCUAGCUAAUAUAUAUGUUGAAUAUUCUAACGCAAGUCGAAAGCUCAUUUUAAUCCGGUGUAUUUGAAGAAAAGAGCAACGUACCCACAAAAUUCAGCAGAGGUAUAAGAUUGAAGCUAACUGUUAACAUUUUACAUCCCUAGUAGGAGCUCUAUAUAUUUCUUAACCUAUUAGGAUCCUUCGAGAAUUUAGUUUACUAUGGACAUGAUCUUAACAAAAUCCUACAGAAUCGAAUAUCGCAAAGUCGUAGAAUUUGAAUAGUAGGCGAUAGUCAGAAAGUGCAUAGGAUUUUAUUUAGGAAUAAUAUACAACAUGUAAGCAUCUAACGUUGUUAUUAUCAGCUAUACACGUAAACUUUGUCGAAAACGGAAGAGAAAGCACCUCUAAAUCUUUCGAAUUGUCUUGCAUAACACAGUGUCCAAAACUGAAUUUCCUAAUGUAAUGUAAUUCACUGAACUAUCGAACGCAGCAAUACUGACACAAAAAAAAGGUGGGCUAUGUAGCUUAUAGCGGUUAAAAAUCUCAUUGAAGGACAAACCGCUACUCUGCUUAGAAUUUGUGACUAAUUUUUAAUUAACUAUUUAAGUGUGUUGAAAUGUAAGAUGUUUCCUACUUAAUGUGUCGGUUUUUAAUCAAACUGUCACUCACUUUUAUAUGUACGUUUACAAAGAAAUAUCUCUCUUCAACAUGACUAUUCAUAUGAUUAAUUCCUCGUUUUUCUCUCUUUUGUCUUCUAUGCGUUUAACAUCAUUUGAUUUUUGUUUUAAAGAAUACUUAUUCACGAAUUACUUAACUCAAACUACCAAAUGCCAUGCCAUUCAGCAAUUCUGACUUUUAAAUGUCUUUUUCUCAUGAUAAAGCACAUGUAUUAGAGAAACGUCAAUGUUUUUCAAAAGCAAACACAGGAGUUGUCAACAGAUAUCCAUUUUUUUGUUCAUAUAUCCGUCGAUUAUAACCUUCUUUUCUACUAAUGUGUCAAGGUAUAGUGCCUAUUGGACUCUCCUUUUUGCUUCCAUCAAUUUUCUCGACUGUCGUCUACUUGGAUGCAUUGCCAACACCACCCUUCAAUUAGUUGAUGACACUCAACUUGUUCGAAUACCCAACAAUAUCACUUAUAAUUCAUGUAUCUGUUAUUCGAUGAACAAUGAGUAUGUUGCUUUUAACUAUUACAUUGAUAAUCAAACAUGUGUUCUUAUAAGAAAUUUCACAAUUUCAAAUUAUUUCAUUCAACCGAUUAAUUCAAGGUUUUGCUGUUAUAAAAUACCAUCCCUUGAUCAGAUUGCUGUCUUUCCAUGUAAGUAACAUAUUUUUCACGUUGAAAUGUGUAUUUUGACUUGUGUCAUUGUUAUUACACAUUAUAGUCUUGUUUUGUAAUGCCUGAUUUAACUAGUACGCAUUUCACAUGCGCCAGUGGCGCAUGUGAAAUGCGUACUAGUUAAAUGGUAAUGAAAAUCGUCAAGUCAGAAAACAUCUUAAAAGUCCUAAUAGCAUAAGUUUUCAACAAGGUCUCUUCUGCAGUUUUUAGUUUGGUUUCUGGAAAACUGUUGAAAUGAGUUGUAGAAGCAGAGAAUAUGUCACAGUUCACAGCGUUUAUCUCUGACCGUGGAUCGACUUCGUACACACUUGGACUGGUUAGAAACAAAUAUGGACGAAAUUAGGGAAAAAGUCACACACUCUAACUUUAACUUUCGCUGAUGCGUGCUAAAUUUGUUUGAAGAAGAGUAAAUGAUUCAGAGGUUUUAUUGAGAUUAUUUAGCAAGUACUUAUGAGAAAACGUUUUGAGAUGAAGAAUUUUGGAGAGUUUCUACAAAAUAUGAAAUGACAUAAGUCAAUGAAACUACUUUUUACCCGUACAUUAAAUUUGGCCAAACGUUUCACUUUGAAGAAAGGAUAGAAGAGAUUAUUCGGUAAACUCGGUCCAUGUCCGUAUUUCAUCGACACACGAAAUGCUAGAUGUAGCAUGAAUAGGCCAAUGUUUCCAUGCACUCACCAGACGGUAGACUUGCUCUGAGAAAAAAUUCCGUCGAAUUAAUCAAACUUCUCCUCCUCGUGAUAUAUGUUAUGGAUCCUAUUUUUGGACAUUUCUCUCUCACUUUUCCAACUUAUCCCAACUAUCGAACAUCAUUCACAAACUCUUUCUCAUAGGUAUCUUUCUGCGUAUCAUACAUAAGGAAGUAGUCGUUAAGAGGUCAAGUAUGUCGGGAAAUGUUUCUUUCUAUAAAAGAAGGUGUCCUACGUGCAACAAGACACUAAUGUUCUAUAACCAACUUUUCUCAUCCGGUCACCAUCGUAAAAAUACCAGUGAAUAGACACGUUUUCGAGCUACAAUUCGAUAUAUAUAAGGUCUAGAGUAUCCUGUUCAAAACGGGAGUUAAGUGCGAGCGUGAUUUUCAGUGGUGUGGAUAUGAUAUUAAAUUUCUUUUGAGUCCUGGGGCCUAUGCCACGCGACUACUGGUAAUCCCAUCCCUGACUUUCAUCGACACAUGAUGUAGAAUGAACAGAAAAGCGUUUCAAAGCACUUACCAGACCUUAGAAUCUUGUAGCAAUAUUUGUUUUUAGAAAAAGAUUUUUAAAACUAACGAAUGUUUUUUCGAAAAUUAUGGUUUUCCGGUCAUUUUUACCGCCAGACGUGAUUAUAAGGAUUUACCGACUAUUCUGCGGACUACUCUUCCGCGAACUAGCUGUUCCUCGAACAGGACCCGGACGCUUGUACGAGUUUGUGUAAAUAGAUGUUAAGAAAACAGACAAAACAAUGAGUAUUACUGAACGUAGGCGUUAAAAAAAUUUAAAAUAGCUUCAUGAAAUACUGACAUACUAGAUAAGUAUGUGAAAAGCUGAAGCAAAAAUUCACACUAUGUGCAGCAAAUAUAUUUUAUGUGAAACUACUUCUCGAAGUCAAUCUCACACUACCCUCACUGCUUUUACCAAAUAAGCGCACCGUCCUUGUGUUUACAGGAAAAGAGCCGCUUGAUUAGUUUAUUGCUCAUAGAUGUUUUCAGAAAAGUUCAGUUUUUCUAACCGUUUCGCAUCUCGUGAUGAUAUUUUUAUUUUCUUUAAGAAAUGUUCUAACCAAUUUUAGCCGGUCACGAGCGAUUGCAUCCUGUUCAAAGCAAAAAUAAAACAGGUAUCACCGUCUUCAAACUGAAAAAUAUGAAAGCUUAGGAAGAAUUCUCAGAAAUAUCUAUGUGAUUCACAGUAGACCGUCUAGAAAACAUAGACAAUUCCAAAACGAUUUGAGCUCUAUUGUGCGUUUUCUUUCGUUCAAGUUAUUCCUCCAGUAAGAUUUAGUUACAAACCUCAUUAAAAUUUCUUCUGAUUAGGCUUAAAAUUGACUCAACUACUUCAAAUAUCUUUUUCUCGAUUUCGGCAAACAUUUUUUCCUACUUGAUUAAAAGCUUAAUUGAAAUAUAAUUGUGUUACAGAUUCACUACGUUCAUUAACGCAACCAGAUGAUACUUAUUACGGUAUUUGUCAAACGGUUGCUGGUGAUAACAGUACAGAAUCGACACCUGGUAUUGAUGUUUGUCAAUAUACUAACACAUCAAUCCAUUACUGGCCUCCAUCAUUGGCUUUCGAUAAUAAUGUGAGCACAAAAUAUUUGAACUAUGGGUCAGGCGCACAGUCUGCCAGUACUGAAACACAGGGCACUGGAACGGGUUUCUAUGUGUCACCAAAAAACGGCUCUUCUGUUUUAAAAGGCAUCGUUUUUGCCACUGGCGAUGAUCAACCUAACCGAGAUCCGAUUAUGUGCACAGUCGAAGGCAGUAACAAUGCAUCAUCGUUCCUUGUCUACGGUUCAUCUUGGACAUUAAUCUAUUCAGGCAGCACUGGAAUUCCUGCAAGUCCUGCUCCUGAACGAUCACAAUACAUGUCGCCAAUUUCAAUUAAUAAUAUGAUCCCUUACACCGCUUAUCGUGUUCUCAUCACUCAACAAAGCGGUUCCGCUAAUGGUGUACAAUAUUCCGAGUGUCAUUUACUUGGAUACUAG